AUGAAGCUCACAGUCAAGUCUCUACAAGGUGGCAACUUCAGUCUUGAUGCCGAGCCGACGGACACUAUCGGUUCCAUCAAGGCAAAGAUCACAACAGAAAAGGGCCACCCCGCAGAGAACCAGAAGAUCAUCUACAGCGGAAAGAUUCUCACCGAUGACCAGACCGUGCAGGCAUGCAAUGUGACAGAAAAGGGAUUCCUGGUAUUGAUGGUUUCAAAGCCCAAGGCCCCCAAGCCAGAAGCCCCCGCAGCUGCUCCCGCUGCCGUCCCAGCUGCAUCUUCAUCAUCCACCAGCACCGAAGCACCAGCAGCAGCAGCAGCGCCAUCAGAACCUGCCCCUGCAGCUUCUGCACCAGCUACAGAGAGCUCGACAACGCCAGCAGCACCAGCGUCAGCAGCUCCUGCCUCAACAACGUCUGCGCCAGGUGACCCCAGCUUCGUCACUGGCUCUCAUCUGGAAUCAGUCGUGCAGAACAUGAUGGAGAUGGGCUUCGAGAGGGAUCAGGUGCAACGGGCCCUGCGUGCAAGCUAUAACAAUCCUGAUCGAGCGGUGGAGUACCUGAUGAACGGCAUCCCUGCCCACAUUCAGCAACAGCAGCAGCAGCCCCAGCCCCAGCCGGCAAGUGGACAAUCAGGCGCUGCAGCAGGAGCAGCAGCUCCCUCUGCCCCCUCUGGCGGAGCUACCGCCGCUCCCGCAACUGGUGGUGGUGCUGCAGCAGCUUCGCAACGUCCAGGAAACCUCUUUGAGGCCGCCGCCGCCGCCCAGCAAGGAGGAGCAGGAGGACGUGGUGGUGCUGCAGGUGGACCCGGAGCAGGAGCAGGAGACGACGACGAAGGCACUACCCUCGAUCUAGGCAACCCCGCAAUGAUCGCUCAACUGCAGCAACUAGUACGGGAGAAUCCUGCCGCUCUCCAGCCUCUGAUUCAAGCCAUUGCUCAGUCCAAUCCGCAACUAGCCGCAGCGCUCCAGGCCGACCCACAAGGUGUGCUGGACCUCCUCAGCGGAGCUGCUGCCGGUGGUGAGGAGAUGCAGCUGCCUACCAUGGACCAGCUCGCACCUGAAGACAGGUCUGCCGUGGAGCAAAUCGUCGCAAUGGGCAUUCCGGACGAUAAGGCCAUUGAGGCUUACCUCAUGUGUGGAAGAAACGUGGAAAUGGCCGUGCAGUACUACUUUGAGAACCCGCAAGACUUUGCUGAUUAA